AUGGCACAUACAACAGGGGUAACACCCUUAUAUCAGGUUCAUAAACCACCUUUCACUAUCGAAACACCAGGCUACGAGAAAAAACCUGGCGAAACUAUUCCGCGCCGGCACCCUCAAGCUCGCGAUGGUCUCGUUGAACGACCCGCCGAUGAUCUCCACACAGUUUUUGACAUUGUUCGUCGCAGUGCACGACUGUAUCCAGACCGCAGAGCCGUAGGCUGGCGUAAGCUUAUCAAGCUCCACAAAGAAACAACCCAAGUCGAAAAAAAAGUCGACGGCAAGAUACAGCUUGUGGAUAAGGAAUGGACCUUUUUCGAAUUGUCACCGUUUUCGUUCUAUACCUACAAAGAGUAUGAGCAACACUGCCUACAGCUUGGUUCAGGAUUACGGAAACUUGGAAUGGAACCUGGGAAUAAGUUGUUCUUCUUUGCGUCUUCAAGUGCACAAUGGAUAGCUGCAUCCCACUGCUGCGUUACACAAUCUAUCUCGAUUGUCACAGCAUAUGACUCUCUUGGGCAGAGUGGCCUGGAACACAGUCUUCUCCAAAGUCAAGCUGAAGUCAUAUACAUUGACCCGUAUCUGCUCAAAACAGCGACCGAGCCCCUGAAAAAGUCAAAGGUUCAUACCGUCAUUGUCAACAAGUCAUCUAUCUUUGGCGGCCUCGAGAUGGUGGAGGCUUUCAGGACUGAAAACCCAAAGCUCAAAGUCGUCAGUUUCAAUGAGCUAUGCGAAUUGGGUAAGGGCACUCCGAUAGAGCCCGUGUUUCCUAAGCCAGAUGAUUUGUAUUGUGUCAUGUACACUUCAGGCUCUGGUGGAGUUCCCAAAGGUGUGCGGAUUGCUCAUAAGAAUUUGGUUGCAGGAGUUGCCGGGCUAUACAUAUGCGUAGCGGACUGUGUAACACAAAACGAUGUUCUUCUUGCCUAUCUUCCACUUGCCCACGUCCUAGAGAUGGCCCUGGAAAACCUCGCAAUGUUUUUUGGGGGCACGGUUGGCUACGGAAACCCUAGAACUAUCUCUGACACCUCUGUUCGGAACUGCGAGGGAGACAUGAGGGCACUGAAGCCUACAGUCAUGCCUGGCGUACCGCAAGUCUAUGAGACUAUCAGAAAGGGCAUCAUGACAAGAUUGAACAGCAGUGUUUUACUGAAGACUCUGUUCUGGCGUACCUUUGCUUACAAGAGCUUCAUGGUAAAGCACAAUCUGCCUGGGGCAUUGCUGCUAGACGGGAUCGUCUUUGGAAAAAUCCGCGAAAUGACUGGCGGCAAAAUCCGAUUUCUUUUCAAUGGUGGCAGCCCCAUUUCGCUCUCAACGAAGCACUUUCUCUCUAUGGUUCUCGCUCCAAUGUUUACAGGCUACGGUCUCACAGAAACCUGUGCAGUCGGCGCUUUGGGUUCCCCUCUCGAAUUCACAUUGCACUCCAUUGGCACAGUCCCAGCCUCUGCAGAAAUCAAGUUGGUAUCGGUUCCCGAAUUCGGCUACUCGGCAGAUGCGGAAACACCCCAGGGAGAGAUAUUGAUUAAAGGCCCUGCCGUCAUGAUGGGAUACUAUGAGAAUGAAGAAGAAACAAACAAAAGUUUCACUGAAGAUGGUUGGUUCAAGACUGGGGAUGUUGGAGAAUUCGACUCUGAUGGACAUCUCCGAAUCACCGACCGUAUAAAGAACAUUGUUAAACUCCUGAGCGGUGAAUAUGUCGCUCUGGAAAAGCUUGAUUCAAUCUAUCGCGGCGCUCAAGGCGUUAUGAAUGCCAUGAUAUACGCCGACUCUCUACAUGCUCGACCUAUCGCCGUCGUUAUGCCCAACUCGACGGUUCUAGCUGGUAUCGCCAAAGACCUUGGUGUUGACGAACACAGUAUUUAUACUGAUAAAAAGGUACGCCAGGCCUUGCUUAAAGAUCUUCAAGCGACUGGUAGACGGGCUGGACUGUCGAGCAUGGAAAUCGUGGCCGAUGUUGUCAUAACCCCCGAGGAAUGGACUCCUGCUAGUGGUCUCGUUACCGCGACGCAAAAGCUGAACCGACGUGCGAUCAACUCGCGAUAUAAGACGGAGAUUAAUAAGGCAUUGGAACAGGCUUGA